ACUACAUGAUGGCUGUCAACAGCAUGGGUGCGGAAGUUCCUCUAGGAAUGAUGGCAGCCCCAGAUAUGGUGGUCUCAUGUUCUUGUAACUGCAGCCCACCGAAGUGGUUACAGACCAUCCCUGUCCCAGCACUGCUGCUGACUUCUGUCUGUCUCUUUCUCCGCAGUUGCACUGGAGAUCUCACUGGGGAACCCAGCAAAACAGAGGAGAUGCCACCUGCCAAAGAACCUGCAGAACCCAAUGGUUUUGUCCUCGCAAACGGUACUUCUGGAGACCGGGCUGCAGCACAGCGGCUGGCAGCACGGCUCUACCACUUGGAUGGGUUCAAGAGGACACAGGUGGCUUCCUUUCUUCGGAAGAACAACGAAUUCAGCCAGAUGGUAGCUGAGGCUUACCUCUCAUUCUUUCAGUUCACUGGCCUGACUCUGGAUCAAGCUCUGAGGUCGUUCCUGAAGGCUUUUGUGCUCACAGGAGAGACCCAGGAACGGGAGAGGAUCCUCAGGCACUUCUCCCAGCGCUAUCACUCUUGCAACCCUGAGGCCUUCCUCACACCUGAUGCUGUGCACACCCUCACCUGUGCCAUCAUGCUCCUCAAUACUGACUUGCAUGGGCAGAACAUUGGCCGGAGCAUGACCUGUCAAGCUUUUCUGGCUAAUCUUGAGGGCAUGAACAAUGGCAGCAACUUCCGCAAAGAACAAUUAAAGGCACUGUAUUAUUCCAUCCGCAAUGAAAAACUGGAAUGGGCUGUGGAUGAGGAAGAGAUCUCCACCACUCUGAUGCUCCCACCCACUGGAUCCUUCCGGAAGAAAAGCAAUCCUUUCCUGACUCUGUCCCAUGAUCCUGGAGCUAAAGUGUACCAUCAGGGUUUCCUCACUCGCAAGGUGCAUGCUGAAGCUGAUGGCAAAAAAGCACCAUGGGGGAAGAGAGGCUGGAAGACGUUCCAUACUGUGCUGAAGGGAAUGGUGCUCUACUUCUUCAAGGAUGAGAACAGGCUUGAUACUCUGAGCUCAGAAGAUCCCAUUGGGGUGCAUCACGCCCUGGCAGAGAGAGCCAGCAAAUACACCAAGCGGCCCAACGUCUUUCGGCUCCAGACUGCUGACUGGCACGUCUUCCUCUUCCAAGCACCGACUCCAGAGGAAAUGAAUUCAUGGAUUUCCCGCAUCAAUCUGGUAGCUGCCAUGUUCUCCUCCCCACCAUUCCCAGCGGCGGUGGGCUCUCAACGGAAAUUUAUUCGACCCAUCCUCCCAACAGCAACCUGCAAAAACUCACUGGAGGAUCAGCACUUGGCGCAUGAGGACUGGAUGGACAAGGUCUCGGAUGAGCUCCUGGAGCAUCAGCGGAACCUCCCUGACAAGCGCGGUCGUAGCCGGGACCUGGAGGAGUAUCAUCUCAAGAAGGAGUAUCUGCUCUAUGAGAAACGACGGUACGAGACUUACGUGAGGUUGCUGGAGGUGAAGCUGAGCAGUGACACUGACGAUCUUGACCAGUGGGAGGCACAGCUGCAAGAGAUCCGCGGGCCUGACGAAGAGAACCCCAGCCUGAAAAAGUCACACUCCAGCCCUUCCCUGAACGCAGACGGGUCACCCACUGUCAAGGUGAAGAGAAAUAUCUCCGAGCGCAGGACAGUGCGGAAAAUCAUCCCCAGGCGCAACAAGCAUUUGCUGUGACCCUCCUCCUAAAGACUUUGCCCUGCCUGAACACUUGCUUCUCACACACAGAGACUCCUGGGCAGGGGUCCUGUUGGGGCAGAAACGUCAAAUGGUACAUAAUGUAACCGCUGCUUUUUCAAACCAAGGCAAAUCAGCACUUGCAGUACUUGGCCACCAGAGGGUGCUGCACCACAGGAAACUGGCUCUGGCAGAGACUCAAAAAAGACUGGUGGGGUGGCAGGCUCCCCCCCCCCCUCCCCCAGUACAGUGUAAAGGUUGUCUCUGAUCAGGUUAAAGCAUCUGCCCUUCCUGGCCCAGGGGGCUGUAGGCAUUCUAUACUCAGGGAAAAUGCCCCCGCUUGUGCGGAGAGAGAGAAGCCCCUCUCUGCAUUCUUUAUCCCCCACCCCAGAUGUUGUAUCAGUUCUUUGUUUCUCAGUUGCUGUAGGGGCAGAUGGGACCUUGGUGCAAUAAAUGAAAACAGGCAA